UAAUUGUAUGCAGACAAAAUAGUACAAACACAAGGAUUGACGCAUUGAGAUUGAUUGUGUAAACUGGUGUAAAAUUGUUUAAUAUAAACUUUAUAAAUUACAAAGAAAAAUGUUUUUACGAAGCUUUGUGUUAACAAAAAUAAACCAAUUGAAAAUAAAUAAAUUAUUUUUUCUCAAUGAGUCGUAUAGCACAGCAGCACGUUUAAAGUUAAAGGAGGACAUAAUCAAGGAGCAGAAAAUCAAAGUUGGGAAUUACAACAUUAAUUACAUCAAAGUUGGUUGGGGAGACCACAAGGUGCUCUGUGCUCCGGGAUCCCUGGGCACGUGGUCGGACUACCAGCUCCAGAUCCGAGGGUUCGACCGGGAUAAGUUCAGCCUGGUGGUGUGCGACCCAGCGGGCAACGGGAAGAGCACUAUACCUGAUGAGGAUGACAAUGUCAUCAACUUCUUCGAGAGAGACGCGAAUGUGUAUUACGAGUUUAUGAAGGCACUAGAAAUACCGAAGUAUUCGUAUCUGGGUUGGAGCUGCAGUGGCGCGUCGGGGCUGAUCCUCGCCGCGAAGCACCCGGAGGCUGUCCACAAGUUGGUGGUCUUUGGCACCAGCUCGCACAUGUUGCUCAGCGAAACAGAAAACUAUAAAAAAAUGAAAGAUUUGAAGAACUGGUCUAAACCGGUAUUGGGAGCUAUGAUGAAAAUGUAUGGCGAAGAAGUGUUUGUGAAAAAGCUGAACAAAUGGGUUGAUAACAUCGUGAACAAUUACCACGUAUUCACUUGCGACGAUCUACUGAAGGACAUCAGAUGUCCAACGAUGAUUAUGUACGGUGAAAAGGACCAAAUGGUGGACAACUCCCACGUGAAGUACUUACAAGAGCGCAUCAAGAAUUCCAGAGUCCACUUAUAUCCAGAAGGCAAACAUAAUAUCCACAUGAAAUAUGCAGAAGAUUUCAAUAGGAGAGUGCAGGAUUUCUUCCUUGAAACGACAAACGAUUAACGGAUUUAAGAUGGCAGCACUAUUGCGACCUAUAGUACCGUAUUGCCCCUUCUCAGUGGUGCCAAAACGCGAUUACAUUAGGGUUGUAUAAAGUAGUUUACUGUAUUGAGAUUCGUAUUGUAACCUAAUUAUCGUUUAAGUUUGUGUCGGUUUCAUGUUAUCGAUCUCUAGUACUAGUGAAUACGACAAUCACCUUACUAUUAUCUGCCUGUUAAAAAAAAGCGUAAAUUUCGUAACUAUAGGGAUGAUGACAGUUUUUUAAAUUGUAUAUAAAUUAAGAGUAGGUAUGCUAAUAGUAAAGCAAUUUUCUAAAAGUAACAGGAUAUCUGCGAUCAUUACUUUCGGAGUUACAGGGAUUUAAAGAGUCAGAUUUGCGGCGCUGCCGCGGAUCCAAAAAAAAAAGCUCCAUACAAAAUGGCAUGAACUAGUGACGUCGUUGGCUCGCUGAUCGUUAGAUUUGUAUGGGCGUUCAAACAAAACCACUAAUAUCUUUGUUAUUUGUGCGUUUAUGUUUAUAGUUCAUUUAUUAAAAAAUUACACAUUUAAUGUAAGGAAACUAAAACUGUAUGAAUUUGUAUCUAAUUACGAUAAAAAAAAAUUGAUAGAUUUUGAAAUUUUAUAAUCUUAUUUAUUUUGCAAAUAUCCAAACAUUCUUUGCUUUUUUGUAUAAAUUAGUUAACAUUGACCUUAUUUACCCGAAUGUAUCAUAAAAAUCAAUUUAUUCAAACCUAGUCAUCAUCCCCAUUGAAAGCCAACGUUUGUAUAGAACAACGUAUGUACUUGUAAUAUUAAUAACACACAGUGAAAUCUGUAUAAGAACAUACAAAAAAACAUAACUUACAUAUAAUAUUCUGUUCGAAUAACAUCCACCGCAAGCACCUGCAAUCGCAGAACAGCGCAAAUGCCUAAUGCUUUUGAGAUAGUUUUAGGAACUAUGGCAUAGUUCACAUGUGUGCGCAAACACAGCUGCACUUUAAUAAUGCUAAAAUGUGGUUCUAUUUCUCCUGCGACUUAUGUUUAUAUUAUAGUUGUAAAGUGAGAUACGAGUAGUUAGCAUUUUGGGUACAUCACUAAACAAGCCAACCUUUGUAGGUUCUAGUUUUAGUGGAAAUGCACCAACUUAUUAUAAGUUGUUUAGUUCUAAUAGAUGUAUUAAGUAAUAUAUUUCUUGUACUUUCAUAUAUUUUUAAAGAUAAUGAUGAUACUUUUUAAAAUAAUUUAUUUUUACUUGCGUUAAUAUAUUUUAUAGUGGUUAGUAUUUGCUGCCUAAAACUACUAUAGACAUUUAUAGGGUUGCCAACGUACUACGACUACUACGGUUUAUUUUGUUUAUUACGGAAAUUCGGGACGUCCCGAUUUUUAUGAAUAUUUUUGAAUUUAAAGUGAAUCGAUCGAAUGAAGAUCAUUAGUAGGUAGUAGGUAUCUAAUUGCCUAUAUAGCUACAUUUUUUUAUGAAUCUUUUAGCUUAUAAGUAUUUAAACACAAACAACAUGUAAAUCAACUGAAAUCGGUACAUUUUGUUUUUAGUAGAAAACAAAUUUGAUUAAACCGAUGCAUUGACCUUUUGAAAUAACUUUAUUAUGAAGUCGAUUAACCGAUUUCAUCCCACUGUUAGUCCAUAACAAUUAUACUAAUUAACUAAUUUGAUUACAGGCUAAAUGUAAAUUAUUUACUUUAGGUAUAAGCAAUAUAGUUUAUUUACACUUUUCGUA